AAAUGCAGAUCGAUAUGUCACCAGACUGGUAUUUUUAUGCGAUGCAUUUCUCCGCAAUCGUUACUACUCCAGUUAAUAUUUCAGGAAUUAUGAUUAUUUUAUUCUGUCAAACAAGGCAAUUAUCGUCAUUGCGAUGGCAUUUGCUAGUUUUUCAGAUUUUCUCCAUGAUUAGCGACUUUUCCCUGAACGUCGGCACAUUACCUGUAAUAUUUUCGCCGUUUCCAAUUGGCAGACCACAUGGGGUUUAUACGUUGAUUUUUCAAAAAUUCGGGUUCGAAACAAGUACGGAGGCACAAUGUAUCCUUGUGUUCGUGUCAAUCUACCUCACAGCUGGAAGCGUCGAGUUCUUAUUCCUACUUCGCUAUCAAGCUAUUCUUCCUUCCGGCCACCCUCACAAGCUUUCAACUUUUAUCUCAGUUCUAUUACUCUCCAUAUGGCAAGUAUUCCUGAUCACAAUGAUGUUAAUAAGCUUCAAACUUGCCGUACCCGACCAACAAGUUGCUCGAGCUCUUUUUGCACAAUUACACCCGGAACUUCAGUACCUAAUGACCGAUGAGCACGUGUUCAUUGUGUGCGUUGUUGUUGAGCUGAUUCACGUCAUAUUUUUAUUCUCGUGCUUCUUCCGGCUAGGAAUUGGAAUGGUUACUGUAAUAGUGCUGAUUUGGAUGUCGAGUAGAUCAUUGAAAUCUAUACAAAUUUCACUUACAACAAAAAGAAUGCAUCUACAGCUGAUCAAAAGUUUGUGCCAGCAGAUAAUAGUUCCAAUUUUGGCAUUCUACAUUCCCAUAAUAGUAGUGGUUGUUCCACUGAUGUUGAGUAUACCAAAUAGUCAAUUGUCAUUCUUCAUUUCGCUCAUCUGCUUAUCAUAUCACACAUUUUUUGGAACGUUGAGCAUGCUUUACUUCAACCCUCAUUAUCGUCAAUGGGUGAUUUCAGCUGUGAGAAAUCGGCCAAUGAACACGUCUACGGCGCUCACUUCAAAGUUUGUAUUGGCGAGAGAAAGAUCCAAUUUCAAUGCGGGUCGAAAUGUGUCAGCGGUCAUAUAAAAUUGAACGAUUUUGACUAAUUUUAAAUAUGUUGAAUGAAAAUUUUUUACGCACGGA